CACUGCAGCCAACCAGAGCAAAACUCAGGCACAAGAGUCUGCUUGCAUUCGAUUCGAGCCGUUGAAACUUCAGGCAGCACUGGCCCCAUCCCAGGCAGCCAGACGAUUCAUGAUAAGUAGUAGUAAUAUAACCUAGUCCAUCUUAGCGUCUGCAUCUCUUCUUGCUCCUCACCAACAUUGCGUCCUUCCAUCUCACUAUACGCAUAGACACGAAAUGCCAAAUCUCGGGGACGCGGAAACCAUCCGCAUCCUCGUGGCAACCGACAAUCAUGUCGGCUACAACGAACGAGACCCCAUCCGGGGCGACGACAGCUGGAAGAGCUUCCACGAGGUGAUGUGUCUGGCCAAGGAGCGCGAUGUGGACAUGGUGCUUCUAGCGGGCGAUCUCUUCCACGAGAACAAGCCGUCGCGCAAGUCCAUGUAUCAAGUGAUGCGCUCGAUCCGCAUGAACUGUCUGGGCGACAAGCCAUGCGAGCUGGAGAUGCUGAGCGACGCCAGCGAGAACUUUCAGGGGGCGUUCAACCACGUCAACUACGAGGAUCUGGACAUCAACGUGGCCAUUCCGAUCUUCUCCAUCCACGGCAACCACGACGACCCUUCGGGCGAAGGCCAUCUAGCGGCGCUGGACCUCCUGCAGGUCUCCGGGCUGAUCAAUUACUACGGCCGUACGCCCGAGUCCGACAACAUUCAGGUCAAGCCUGUGUUAUUGCAGAAGGGGCGGACCAAGCUCGCUCUCUACGGGAUCAGCAACGUGCGCGACGAGCGUCUGUUCCGCACCUUCCGCGACGGCAAGGUCAAGUUCUUCCAGCCCUCCAUCCAAAAGGAAGACUGGUUCAAUCUCAUCUGCGUCCAUCAGAACCAUCAUGCUUACACUGAGACGGGAUACCUCCCCGAGAAUUUCUUGCCGGACUUCCUGGAUUUGGUAAUCUGGGGCCACGAACACGAAUGCCUGAUCAACCCGCGCAGAAACCCAGAACACCACUUCCAUGUCAUGCAGCCCGGGUCCUCCGUCGCCACCUCAUUAGUCCCCGGUGAAGCCGUCGCCAAACAUGUCUCGAUUGUCAGCAUCACAGGUCGAGAGUUCAAGAGCGAGCCUAUUCGCCUCAAGACCGUCCGCCCCUUCGCAAUGCGCGAGAUCGUCCUCUCCGAAGAGAAGGGGGCGCAGAAACUUGCCCGCAAGGAAAACAACCGGACCGAACUCACGCGAUUCCUGAUGGGCGUCGUCGAGGAGCUGAUCGAGCAAGCCAAGGACGAAUGGCUCGAAAUGCAAGACGAGGAGCCGACCGCCACUGCAGGCGAUGAUGACGACGAGAACCCGCAGGAGCGCGAGGUCCCGUUACCGCUGGUCCGCCUCCGCGUUGAGAUCUCCACCCCAGAGGGCGACAGCUUCGACUGCGAAAAUCCGCAACGGUUCUCCAACCGGUUUGUCGGCCGCGUCGCCAAUGUCAACGACGUCGUCCAAUUCCACCGUAAGAAGAAGAAUACGGCCGGCACCACCCGCCGGAAGGACGGCACGGCGGAAGUAGAUGAGGCGGCCAUUUCGCAUCUCGCGACCCUCGACACCGUGAAAGUCGAGCAGCUGGUUCGCGAUUUUCUCUCGACGCAGUCCCUGACCAUCCUGCCCCAGAAUUCCUUCGGCGACGCGGUGGCUCAGUUCAUUGACAAGGACGACAAGCAUGCUCUGGAGAUGUUUGUGAAUGAAUCCUUGGAGAGCCAGAUCAAGCAUCUCAUGGCGUUGGACCGCGACACCGACGACAUUGAUGCGGCGGAGGAGCUCGCGCAAAGCUCAUUACAAAAGGCCAUGGAGAGGUAUCGGGCCCAGAUGGAGGAUACGUUCAACCGAGGCGCGAAGAAGCGCACUCGCCUUGCUCGAGGUGGGAAGAGACGCUACAAACCCAAGCCCGACGGUUGGGAUUCCGAGUUUGAUGGCGCAUGGGAAGAUCAGCCGGGGGCGCUGAUUCACUCAGACAAUGAGGGAGGGGAUCCUAAUGAAGACGUCGCUGCAGAGGACGGGACCGAGCCUGCUGCUACGACGACUCACGCAUCCGCAACCUCGCGUGGCAGAGGCCGGGGACGCGGCGGGCGCGCCGCAGCAUCAACUACAACGACCACGCGGAAAACCGCUGCAACCACGCGAGCCACAGCAACGGCAACGAAGAAGGCUACAGCGACCCCGGCAAAGAAAACGGCAGGGAAAGGCCGCCUCCGCGCUGCUUCGGAGGACGAGGACGACGAAGACGAGGAAGAUGUGAUCAUGCUUGACGACGAUGAUGAUGAUGAUGGCGGCGACGUGGUAUCUGCCCUGCCGGAUAUUGGCGAGGAAGAUGACGAAGAUGAUGAUUCCCAGGCUCUCUUUGUGAAGCAGCCUGCUACUCGUACACGGAGGGCAAAAGCGGCCGCGGCCCCGCCGGCGCCCUCCACAAAGAGUGCUAGCCAGCGUCGCGCGGCCGCUCCCUCUGCCGCUUCAAUUAGGACUACGGCGGCAACGCAAACAGGCACGCGCCAAACAAGAUCCCGUCAACAAACCCAAACGACGCUGAACUUUGUGGGUUCCCAAAGCAGUGCCCCCCGAACCACGAGAGCGAGGGGAACAAGGGUAAUGAGCGAAGAGAUCGACGAUGAUAGUGAUGGGUUUGAGCCGAUGGCGGUACCUCGGAAGAGGAAAUAG